AAUGACAUCACAGCACACCAAGACCUGCCACAAACGCACUGAAAACAGAUGAGGGCCAAACAUAUUUCAGAUGUGUUUUCACUCCGAGCUGGGACACAGUUCAGCCUCCGUUCCAAAAGCCUGUGAAGCGAAACAAUCAGGACAUAAAACAGCUUUUGGAACAACUCUGUGAAAUAUGUCUGCUGGGCACAAAGAGGCUCCGCGAGACACUACAUGUCAAACUGGAGCUGUUGUUUUUUUCUCGAACCCUUUGAUGAGUGAUGUGGAAUCAGACUGGUCUCCAAUACAUGACGCAGCCUUUAAUGGACGUGUCCUCACUCUGCAAAGACUCAUUGCUCAGGGUAAACAUGUAAAUCUGAACACACUGGACCAGGUCUCUCCCCUCCAUGGAGCAUGUCAACAAGGCCAUGUGGCCUGCACCAAGCUUCUGAUAGAAAACGGAGCAAAUGUAAACAGUUCAACUGUGGAUGGACAAACACCUCUGUCAGAAGCCUGUGCCUGGGGCCAUGUGAGCUGUGUAUCGCUGCUUCUUCAAAAUGGAGCAACCCCCGUGAGCACCAGCCAUUCCAGCUCUCCAAUCCACAGGGCUGCAGCCAGAGGUCACCCAGAGUGCAUAGAGUCUCUUGUUGAGUUUGGUGCAGAUGUGGAUCAGUACAUCGACCAGUCAGGUUCUCCUCUCCAUGUCGCGUGCUCCAAUCAGCAUCUGAGUGCUGUGAGGAAACUGCUUCAACUCGGUGCUAGUGUGAACAACAGAGUGUCUGGUGACCUGCCCCUGCACAUCGCAGCUCGUCUGUCCAGCCCAGAGUUGGUGUCCGUCCUGCUUGACCACGGGGCUGACCGCUCCCUCAGGAACCUAGAGGGCAAACAGCCACUGGACAUUGCACCUCCCAACAGCCUGGCGGAGAGGCUGCUGAGACAAGCAGGAGGGGUGUCUCCUCUAACGCAGCUGUGCCGACUGGACAUCAGGAAGACUGUGGGCAAGCAAAGGCUGGGUGGGAUUCAUGACCUUCACCUCCCCACAGAACUGAAACAGUAUCUGCUUUACCAAUCAGACUCUCGAGGAAAUAUAAUGCACUGAAAAACUCCAACCUUUAAACUUCACAACCGGAGCAUUUCACUUCUAGGUCAAUAGGGGGCGGACUUGCAUAAUCUUGCAGAGAGAUGACAACAUCACAGUUCAUGGUGGUGAUAGUACUGAUAGUGUAAUUCUCCCAUCGUCACAAAUCUCCAAACAAACAGAUUCUCAAGAUCCAUCUGGACUUUUAAGUGGAGACUUAAAAGUCUUGGAGCAAGAUUUGAUCAUUAAAACUUCAUGAACAACAAUACAAACAUAAUUAAGAUGAGAAUAUGGGCUCAUAAGGUCCAAUAAAUGUUGCAAAAUUAAUGUUUAAUAUUCUGAAAUAAUCUUUGGAAUAUUACACAAUUCCAUAUUCAGCUAAUAUUGCUUUUUUUUGGUCACCGAUGAGAAAUAAAACUGUGAGACGCUG